AUGGCAAAUCUAAAUAAUAAGCAUCCUAUAACAAAUACUGCUGGAGCCCCGACUUGCUUUCCUGGCAGGCCUACUUUCAGAUCGGAUCAUCAUUUUAGGAGGCACUUCAUGUCCAACACGACGAACAACAUAUUUCCAAGUUUAGAUGACAAUCUCAUGACACGACCUAUUGACCAACUGAGUAAACAUAUUUCUGGAAACAGCCAUACUGGUGGUGCUGUCCAUCUCAAACAUGAGAUGCUAUACGGAGCCCAUACCAGCAUGAAUGCUAGCCAUCCCAGUCAUAUGGAAUCUUUGGAAAUUAUGGAGCCUCUUUCGUCAUCUUCUGUGCCGCCUUUGCCAACAGAAACCACGAAUGGGCAGACGAUGAGAAGCACCUUGUACCCCCCAUCGAUGAAUUCGAUGGCCCCACCACAACCACAUUCUUUGCACAGUCACAACCUUCAUCAUCACCAUCAUGGCUGUCGUGGUGGCUUUACGCCGCAUGUCUUCGACAGGAUACAAAGUGACGAUUCCGACCCAAGGGAUCUUGAAGCUUUUGCAGAAAGAUUUAAACAAAGACGCAUAAAAUUGGGAGUCACUCAAGCAGACGUUGGAAGAGCUCUGGUCCACCUUAAGCUUCCUGGAGUGGGUACUCUAUCGCAAAGUACCAUCUGCAGAUUCGAGUCAUUGACUUUGUCACGAAACAAUAUGAUCGCUUUGAAACCAGUUCUGCAUUCAUGGCUGGAAGCUGCUGAAUUACAAGCUCGUGGCAAGAAGCGAGACACUCCAUUCGUGCUGCCAUCAGGUGAUAAAAAAAGGAAAAGGACUUCAAUAGCAGCACUGGAAAAACGUUCUUUGGAAGCUUAUUUUGCUGUGCAACAAAGGCCUAGUGGAGACAAAAUUGCAUCCAUCGCCGAAAAGCUAGACCUAAAAAAAAGCGUUGUAAGAGUUUGGUUUUGUAACCAAAGACAGAAACAAAAAAGAAUGAAAUAUUCUGCCAAUCAAAAUAUAAACUAA